UUGCAGAUUCGUGCAGCAGUGCCAUCCCGUUCGAAAAUAAAAUCAGUUGUGGAUGCGGUUGAGCACCACUUAUUAAGAAGCUUGACAGCACGAGCAGAACUCCAAUACGAAUCAAUGGAUGUUGUUGAAGAAGGUAGUGCAGCGCCCUGCUCUGUUCAUCAAAUGCCCAGACCGGCCACUACUGUUUUAUCCACUCAUCCAGCAAUCCUUUUGUCGGACUACCUGUUCGAGGCUGACACGAUUGAGGAUGCUCGGAAAAAUUUCGAUGAAUUGUUGGGACUGAAAACCAAUCUUGGUAAGUUUUUACAAAGAACCCGCCAAUUGGAAUCCAGGGUUGUGUAUCCGAGAUGGAGCCACUAA